GUGAUUUCUUGGAUGACUGCGAAUGACUAGAGGUUGUAUCACUGGCUCUCAUGAUAGUUGUAGAGCAAAUGAACACUACGACUCAGAAGUUCAUUUAGGUCUUACCUGCGCGAUGGAUGUGGCAGAGAAGACUAUCAAGAAUGUUCCCUUGAAGGAGUUGGUGGAGGAUCCCCAGAUUCGAAGGCAGCUCUGUGGUGGCCAGCUUCUUUUGCGGAUUCGUUUGGACGCACAGGAGGUCGCAUCUUUGUCUGAGCCAGAUCCGUUGUUUAUUCUGGUGCCACGCUUGGCUUACUUGCCCUUCCUCUUUCACGAUGUGUUGGAGCACUUCAAGAAGUCCAUUUCGCCCAUGGGCCAGCCUUACGAGCUGUGGUUUGACUACAAUGACAUCGCUCUGAAGUGGCACUUUCCCGUGGGUGUCUUGUGCGACGUGCUGGUGGGCCUGGAGGUGCCGGUGCCAUGGGAUCUGACCUUCCACUAUCGCGGCAAUUCCAAAAACCAUGGAUGCCUGCUUCCAUUUAGUGGAAUGGCCGACCUGCAGCGAUCGGUCAUGAAUGCAUUCAAGCAGGCGAUUUGCUUGGAAACGGGUUCCACCACACUCUUCAUGAGAUUGGAGAAGAAGGAGCAGAUGAAUCUCUGGAAUGCAAUCCUUCGAAGUGACCUGGACACCUUCUCCCAAGUGGUACAAAAGCUGAGGUGCACAAACCUGUCAGAGUGCAAGAGUAUGGCGAUCAGAUUACACUUGGCUGCCCCUUGGGAUGAUGUGUUGCUGCACAAGGCCCCAGCGUUGCAGGAGAAUGGAACUGCCAGCACCGUUCGUGAUUUUCUUCGAUUGACCAUGCCACCACUCUUGGAGGGUGGUGAUGAAGUUGAGAUUCUUCUGCAGGGAUUGCGAGUUCCGCUGGAGACACCCUUAUUUUGGCUGGCUCUUCAUGCAAGUUAUUUGGAUCACUUUGUACACUUGGUUGCACGCAUCCCCAACCCGACAACAAUCGAAAGCCUGGACUGAGGACUGAGGACUCCAAAAAGCACAGACCCCAUCCUCGAGUCCAUGCGACAUCUCUGCGCGGCGUAGCGCAGACGAAAAAGA